UAUGAAACCUGGCUACUAAAAUCUGAAUACUUAAGUAAACAGUGUAGUUUAAUACACACGGCGAUAUGAGUUGUUUAUUAGCCUCUUUUUCACUUAGCAAGCAGUACCAUUAUUGGAGGGCCAUUUGAUAAUGUCAUCUGCUCGUCGGAUUUGUGAGAAACCCAGACGUAGUGAGAGUCAUGAUUCUCAAAAUUCUAAUAAAUAUUCUACACCAAGUUCGCAGUCAGAAGUAACGAGAUGUAAAAAGGAGAAUACACACUGCCGAACUCCUGAAGGUGAGAAUAAUGGAAAACAUACAGAGUUCAGUAGUAGGGAAAGUGACUACGGUUCACAGUCAACACGUAGUUCUUUAUCGUUCGCUGUUAAACGUUCUGGUUUGUCAAAUAAACUCUCCCAUACUGCGCACUUUGAACGCAACAAUUCAAACGAUCAAAGCGAGAUCGAGUCUUACCCAUGUGAUAGUAAAUCUGAAUCAUCACAUACAGAUUGUAAAUCUAACCAGAGGGAGUGCCGUACCAAAAACAAUGCAAUUGCUAAAUCUUCGUUGAGUACGAGACGCACUCUUUCAGCUCGUAUUCCUGAUGAUGAUUGUUGCGGUCAAAAAAGUGCUAAGUCACCGUACAAAAAAUGUAAGAAAAGUGAUACUAGUACUUACCAUACUCCUACUAAUUCUCGUGAGCGUGAAAAGUCAAAAAGCAGUUUUGAUGCUGCAGAUCAUAUUUCAAGUAAUGCAGGCGAUAGAAGUCCUUCCAGUAGAUACUCUAUAUCGGUUAAACAGAGCUCAGAUGUCUGUAUAUCUUAUUCCGAAAAACAUGCAUCAUACUCUGAUCAAAAACGAAAUGAAGUUGGUUCAAAUACACUUGUCGCUUAUAAUAGUACUGAUGACGAAUUGCCUCAUGGUAAUAAAGAACAUUCACAUGUGAAACGUAAAAUAAGGCGGAAGGUUGAUGAUCAGUCACAUCGUAAAGAUCAUAGUUUGUCGGAAACUCGUCCUAGCAAUCUUAGUUCGUCGUCAAAUCAACUAACUCCUGGGAAGACAAAUAGCGUCAGAGUUAUCAAAGGUACUGCCAGAUCUACGUGGGAUUCAAGUGAUAGUGAUUUUGACUCUUCAGUUGUACGUACUGAAAAAUUUAGUGAAAAUGAGCAUACCACCUCUCCAGAUAACCACCAGAAAUCAAAUUCCUUAGAAUCCUCACAUAAAGCGUCUCGUCCCUUAAACAAGUCCAGUCUGUCAAAAGAAGAAAAAAGUGAUUUAACUACGAAAAAAAAGGAUUGUAGGCACCAAGAUGGUUCUAGCAAAUGUGAUCCAGUCAAUUCGAAUGAAUCGCGUCCGAAAUUAUCUGAUAGAGAUUCACAUCACAGAAGAUGUAGAAAGAAUUCAGAUCGUCACCACUCCACAAGUUGUCGAAGGAGGUCUGUUUCAUCAGGAGGUUCUGAUGGCUCUCGAUGUUGCAACAAUCGAGGAACCUCUCGCACAAAGAGCACUAUUGAAGGUGUAACACAGAAAAAUCGUAAACGUUCACGCUCUCGUAGAUCAUCCUCUUAUCAUUCUUCUGCCAGUAGGUCGCGUUAUUCCUCUCGUUCAGAAUCUUCUCAUAAAUACGAUCGACACAAACGUAAUUAUAAUGAGUCAAAGUCCUACAGUUCUAGGUCGUCUGCUCGUACUUCUCGUUCAUUUCGCUCAAGUUACAGUUCAAGAUCAAGCUCUGUAAGAACUCGACGCCAUAGACAUGUUAGAUCUUUUUAUCGGAGAAGGCAUAGGCGUAGAAGCUACUCUCUUCGUUCACGAUCUCGCUCAAGGAGUUGGCAUUCAACAGAUUCCAGUUUUUCUUCGCAGUCUUCUCUCUCGUCACGUUCUCGUUAUUUUUCACGUCGAAAUACCUCUAAAAAUCGUUCUCUUUCUCGUCGUUCUCGUACUCCUUUAUACCGACCCACUUCAUCUAUUACAAAAGUUUCAGAAGAUAAUUUACGAACUCCACCAGAACAUCGUCUCGCUCGUCUUGGCGUUGGACCAGUGAGUAAAGAUAAUAUAUCAGAUAGUAGGAUGAAUAGUCCUUAUACUGACCCGAAGUCCAUUUCCUACAUACCAAGCGUCGAUGAGACAGUUUCGGCAGCUGUCAAUAGAGUUGUGGGCGGAGAGAAAUCCAAGUAUCGAAAAUCAUCACAUGAAUCUACUACAACAAAUAAUAACAAUGACAGUAACAAUUUAAAACCUAUCCACAAUUCUAAAUCAUCUGUUGAACGUAAUAGUGAUUCACAUUCACAACCACCGUCUUCAUCUGGUGUAGUACAGUCAAGUAAUAAAACUUCCAGUCCUUCGGUGCUCGUUGAUAUACCACUACCUCAAGAUGCACACCAUCAAACCAUUGAUAAUUCAGACAGCAGAAGUCAUACGAAUAAAUCUGUCCCUUAUAUCGGACCACAGGUUCCUCCAGAACUAGCCAAACGCUUCGGCUUAUCAGUUAGUGACACUACAACAAAGUUGGAGGUCGGUGAUCCUCUAACCUCAGUUUCAAGUGGUAACUAUGUGGAGAUUAGUUCGAAUUCUAUCCAAUUACAAAAUACUCCUAAUUCAUCCUCUGUUACCGUUUUGGUCACGUCAUCUGCUAAAAGUAGUAAUGCUCCGGAGGUAGCCAAUUUCAACCCUCCAGAAUUUACAAUUCCACCUGAACAAGUUGAAUUAUAUAGACCGUUACAAGAGCAAGCUAAAGAACAUGCUUUACGUCGGAGUGGGAUUCUGAUGCCUGAUGAGUCAAGAUUAAAUCAAAUUCCCUGUGAAUAUAGUUUUCUACAACAGCAACAAGUACAACGACAGUUAGCGCUUCUUCAACAACAACAGCAACAAAGUCAAGCCUCCAUUGUAUUUACUCCUGCUAAUGUUAUUUAUUCAUCUCCUUCGUUACUACCCUUAUAUGCUGCUGCUAAUACUCCAUUAAUCUCAACCAUACCAAGUGGUAGCAUAACUACUCCUGGUAAUAUUAAUGUCACUGAAACCGCAGUUCCACAACAAUUAUCAGCUGAAGCAAUACUUUUAAAGCAACAACAGUUGCAACAACAACAACAGUUAUCUGCUCUGUGUGGAGCUACUUAUCAACAUCAGGCUAAUGGAAAUGAAGCUUCACAAAUAUAUCUCGGAUCUGUCAAUAAUCCACAUAUUACAUCCAGUCUAACAAUAGAGCAGCCUAAUACAUCCACAUCAUUCUCUGGUAACGUUAGACCGGAAGUCAAUCAGUUAUCUGCAUCCAUUCAGCAAGCACAAUUACAACAACUAAUUGCGGCAGCCGCAUUACAAUCAGCUGUUCAAGCUAAUAACAAUAAUAAUAUUCAUUCCUCAGCAAAUACAAUUCAGUCAGUCAAUCACCAACAGUUACUGAACCAAUUGAUUGCUCAACAAUCUCAGAUAUCUGGAUUCAAUAUUGCUCCAAAUCUAGUAACAGCUUCUCUGUUAGCUGCACAACACCAACAAAAGCAGUUAAUAGCUCAAUGGCAAAAACGUGCUCUUGCUUUGGCAACAGCAAGUCCUGCUGGUGAUCAGUUAAAGAGCGCUCAAGAAAGACGACUUCCUGUCAUCACUCCAUCCGCUGCUACUCCUGCUAAUUUGACUGUCGCUACUCCUACUAGUUUAGCUUCUAUCAUUAACGCUGCCAAUUCAUUACCAGCUGCAUUACAGUUAGGCCUCUUAAGAUCUGGUCUCAAUACUUCUAUUCUUUCCAGUGGUGCAGUAAAUCCAUCGACCCAAAAUCAAAUAGCUUCUAUGGUUGCAAUAAUUGCUGCAGCACAACAGCACCAGCAGCAACAACAGUGUCAACAAGCUACAGCUCUUUCAAAUUCUCACCAAACUCUUGGUGCGAGUUCAACACAAUUUCCUGUCUCUUCUUCAAAUUCAGAGUUUUCCGGUACUGCUGUACAGUCAAAUCUAUUACCGCAGCAAUUGCAACAGCGUUUAUUAUCGUUGCAAGCGUCAAUUUUACAUCAGAGACAACAACAACAAUUAGCUUCAAUGAAUAAUGCAGCACUAUUACAAGCUGUGAUUGCCUCAUCCCAACAACAACAACAACAACAGCAAAUUGUUCAAAGUCAAUUUCAGCAACAACAACAACAAGCAGCUCUUGCUGCUAUUUUAGCUGCACAAAGAAAACAACAACAAGCAACUCAAGAUCGUUUAAAUAAACAAAUGUGAUGAAUUAUGAAUAUAAUCUUUGAUUUAUUGACUUGUAAAGAUAAUGAAAAUUGUAUAUACUAAUCAAUUAGUCAGUAUAUAACAAUAUGUUGGUUUUUUCUCUUUCUGUAUGAUAUUUUAUAUAUAGUUUUAAUUUGUAUGAUUACAGUUUGAUAUUAAUUACUUUCUGCCCCGUAGUUUUGGUACAUUUCUAAAGUACUUGACUACAAGAAGUUUCUUAUCUAUAUUUUAUAAAUUAGGGAUAUCUUAUACUAAAACGGGUGGAAUUAAUGUCAUAUAACACGGUUAGCCUAACU